AUGACAUCGGUGCUGUGUGAUGUGUGUGUGCAGAGCAUUGUCGCAGAUGGCGAUCGAGUUUACUGCUUCGGUGGAUGUAAGAAAAUCUUGCAUAUACGCUGCUCAGAAUUGACAAAAGCUGGAGCAAAUGCUCUUCGGGAUAACGUCGGUCUGAAAUACAUGUGCUUCGACUGUAGGAAGACACAAAUAUGCCUCAACAAACUGCAGGAAGCCUGUUCCGAGAUGACAGAAAAACUCAAUUCGCUUAGCACUCAAUUCACCGAUCUUGCAUCGAACGUUGAAAGGAGCAUCACAACUCAGCUCAAGGCACAUGAGAACUCAAUCUCUGCGCGCCUCGACUCUAUCUCCAACCAACUACAAAAUAUCAAUUCUGCUACGAACCCAGUCACCGCCGCCUACAGUACCACUGGUGUGGUUGAAUCAUAUGCUGAUGUGUGCCGCAAUGAUAAUAUCAAUCAACGCAAAACGUCGUCGUCGGAGAAGUCUUCUAGCCAAGCGGCUACUCAGCCUACUGAUAGAGUAUUGCGUUCUGGCAGACGCAGGUUAGCAGUGCCAAGCCCGAGUAUAAAUGCCACUCUUGACCCGUCUCAGAGUACCCCGACUAGCAGUAUAAGCCAACCUAAAUCGCCGACGAUAAAAACGAAGCGCAUAGAGAGAAUCCAAAAAACUGUUUUGUUACGACCGAAGAGCAAUCAACAAAACGCUACUACCAAAGCUGACUUGUGUGAUAAGCUGGAUCCUACUGCCUAUGCUGUUAAGGAAGUACAUUUUCGAGAUUCUGGAGAAGUGACAAUCCAAUGUGAGUCCAAAGAGCAUGCAUCGCAACUAGUUUCUGCAGUAAAUGAUGCGCUUUCGGAAAAAUACACUGUCGAAGUUAUGAAACCACUGCACCCUAGAGUGAAACUGGUAGGGCUAACUGAUCAUAUGGACGGGGAUGACCUCAUUCGGAAACUGAAAACACAGAACAAUCUGCCCCAAACUUUUGUGGCCCGGUGCAUACGCAUGACUGAAAUACAGAAACAAAACAUCAGUCGGUUCAAUGCCGUACUUGAGUUAGAUGCUUCUUCUUACGAAGCCAUCAUGAAGCUGCAGCGUGUCUACAUUGGUUGGGAACGUUACCGAGUGGUUGAAGAUUUAAACGUUAAACGUUGUUACAAAUGCUCUGAAUAUGGUCAUCUGGCUUCUGCGUGUAGUAAGCCUGUCUGCUGUCCCAGAUGUGCUGAGGGCCAUGAAAUAAGCGAAUGUGUUUCGGAUUUCGUGAAGUGUGUCAACUGCGAGAAAAUGAAUAGCCUGCGAACAUCUGAAUCGGAUCGUCUAGCUGAUGUCGAUCAUUCUUCCUGGAGCCAGAAAUGUCCCAUCUACAUCCGGCGUCUCAAGAAGGCCCGCCAGAACAUAGAUUAUUCAAUAUAG